AAGCUGCUCUUUUCUUUUUUUGCCCUCCUCACAGAGUCGUUUGACAACAUUGUUGCCAACUGGAAAAAGUCAUGCUACACAUCCGAUCUUAACUCAGAAACUGAGUUAAGAAACUCCAGCACAGAAACUCCGGGAAAGAGAGUCAGGAAAAAGAAAAUAUACUCUUCCUCUGAACAAGAAGAAGAAGAAGAACCACAACCUGCCAAAUUAAAACUUGCAAAUGCACCAAGGCCCCCAGCCCCACCACAAAGACAGAAACAUGGUUCAAAAAAUAACGCACCUACCAUGCAACAAGAUGCAUCAAGGUGGCCCAUGUCCAACCAGUGUACAUGGGCAGAUGCUUCUCAUGGGACAGCACAAGGCCAGGGCGUCCUACCUCAUGUCAGUGCAUAUACCAUGCAACAAGAGCCAUCAAGGUGGCCCAUGUCUGACCAGUGUACAGGACAAGGCCAGGGGGUUCUACCUCAUGUCAAUGCACCUACCGUACAACGAGAUCAAUCAAGGUGGCCCAUGUCCAACCAGUGUACAUGGGCAGAUGCUUCUCAGUGUACAGGACAAGGCCAGGGCGUCCUACCUCAUGUCAAUGCACCCACCAUACAGCAGGGACUGUCAAGGCGGUUCAUACCCAAUCAGUGCGCACCUGUAGACAGAACUGUCCUGGAGGCACUGAGAGAGAUGGACCUGAAGAUAAAUUACCUGACAUCUCUUGUAGAAUCUCUUGUGGGUGGACGUCGAAUUUUGCCCCCACAACAGCAAGACGAUGAAGACAUGAAUGUCAUCCCUCUGGAUUCAGUAGAAGCCCUAGAACAUUUAGAAGAAAGGCUUCUGAGCAAUGGACUGAAGCAAAGGAUGAUUAACAUGCUGUCACUAAGUGGUGGACAUACCAUGAAAAAGACAAUCUGGAGAAUUGCCAGCAAGGUGUUCACCCCCAACCUUGCGAAAAACCUUAACUGGUGCGGCAGGGGAGACAAGCGAGGUCUAAAACAAACCGCAUGUGGACAAGUUAUUAUUGCUGCCGUGAUGAAAAAUCCAGUGCUGCCAGCGCCGACUGAAGCAGAAGCGGAGAACUGCUUAAAGAAUUACUUGCGGCUGGCACCAGGAAGGAGACUUUAAAUUACAUUUUAUUUAGUAGUUAAUUGCUAUUUUUGUUUUGUUAUUUGUGUUCAUUGUAAUUAUUAUUCUAAUGUUUAUUUAUCAUAUCUAAAAAAUUUGAUUCAUGAAUUCAUAUUUCACUUAAUUUUGUGUCAA